AUGCGCUGCCCAUUCGACACACAAUUGGGCAACAUUGAAAACCACCUUACUUAUAAUCUAAUUCAUAUAUUCACUAGUUUAAACAUUGACAAUGGCCAACUCCUCACGACCAGCCUUGGUGUACAAGUACUCGUUGUAGUCUCUGGCUCUGGCCCAGAUCUCCCAGACAAUCAUUCCUGGAACAACAACGUACAAGAUUUGUGCUUUGGUUCUUCUGAAAACGUUGAAGAAAGCACUCUCAAGAGAACCCUUCAAUGGAGACUGAGCGUAUGGAGAAACGGUGUAUUGAGUGAUUCGCGCGUGCUCAACAACAUCGACAACGAGGAGCUGAUCCCGGCAGUCGACUUCCACGACCUGCUCCACGGGUGGGAGGUGGAGGGCGGGCUGUCCAAGGUCUCGUCCGAAACCGACAAGGCGUACUUUGACCAGGCCGGCCGGAGGCUCGUUCUGGGAAAACACCCCAUGGACGGCAUCGAGGACGAGUACGUUCCUGAUUUCAAGGAGUUCAACUUCCGCAGCUGGUUUGACGACGCGGUGCUGGACGAGGACCGCCUUUUCGAUGAAUUGCACUCGCAGGUGCCCCCAAUUUCAAUCAAAAACCAGCAGGUGUCACCGAAACCCGUUUCGCGGCUCUCUCUUUCGCCGGAGCGCGACAAGGACCGUGUGAUCUUGUCGUCGCUGCCGUCGAACUUCCUGUCGUUGUCCUUUAGCGAACGUAAAAAGCUCAUCAACAAGGUGCUGCCCGAGUCGCUGCAGAACGACGCCGACUACAAGAACCACAUCACCAAGCUGAUCCGCAGAAACUCCAUUUCUGGCUCGUCGCCGGCCCAGCGAUUCACCAACUCGUUCUCGCUGCACAGCUCGUCCGUGCACAGUGCGAUGUCUGUGGCCGAUAACUACAAUCAGAAAGGGUCUCUCGUCUUGGGCAAAUGGAGACUCGGCCGUAUCAUCGGCAGAGGAGCCUACGGAAUCAUCAGAUCUUGCACGGACCUCAACGACAACGAGAAAGCCAUGAAGGUGAUCAACGUGCACGGCUCGGCCGAGCUGAUCAAACGGUUCAAAACAGAGUCGCUCAUGUGGUCGCUGCUACACCACGAAAACAUUCUGCCUUUAUUUGAUUUCAAGUUCACCUCCAAGUCGUUUUUCCUGCUGACACAGAAAUGCGACGCCGGGUCGUUGUUUGACUGCGUCAAACGCUGGGAGAUGUCGUCCGACCCAGAAAGACUCUCCUCGGUGGUGUCCUACCUCACCGAUAUCUGCUCAGGGUUGGAAUACAUGCACAGCCUUGGGAUCAGCCAUGGAGACGUCAAGCUCGAGAAUUGUCUGCUUUCGCACGGACGAGUGGUUCUGUGCGAUUUUGGCAUGGCCAGUUUCUUUUCGCGCGACACCGACGCCCUGAUUCGGAUUCCAGACCUCUCGCGACGCAUUCUGGACGACCCAGUUUCCGCCGCGCCUCCGCGCGUGGUGUCUGUGGGCUCGUCGGUGUCUGUGCGCAACUCGCCGUUGUCAUCUGCCGCCAACACGCCAACGCCGCGCUCGCCAGCGUCACUCUCAACAACCUCAUCCAUCGACAGCUCCCGUUUGCCAGACACCCAUAUCGGGUCUCUGCCGUACGCCGCGCCAGAGAUCCUACGGCCAAACCCAUACAACCUCGACCACCUCACGGACUCCUGGGCAGUAGGGGUGCUGCUCUACACACUUGUGACCCUACGCCUUCCUUACCAGCACAAAUUCGAGCCGAGACUCAAACUAAUGAUAAUGAAUAACGAUUAUGAUAGCGGCCGGUUCCGCGCGGCACUGGGCGACUUCCACGCCACCAGCAAGCUCUGCGACAUCCUUGCCGCGUGCCUACAGCCCGACCGCGCCUUGCGCUGGGACAUGUCGCGUUCUGCCUUGGCCAGCAUGAUCUCCUCGACCGUGUUGGCUAACACGAGCCGGUACACCACCACGGGGUUUUUCUGGCCGAUCCGGUGCACUCUGUCCAUGGCCUGCAAAUCGACCUGCGGGUUCCAGUCCGAGUCGAACAGAACGACCGAGUCUGCCGCGGUCAGGUUGAUUCCCAGGCCACCUGCGCGUGUCGAGAGCAGGAACACGUCUGCCUCUUCGGCAGAGAACCGGUCGAUUUCCGCCUGGCGGUCUGUCUGGCUGGUUGCUCCGUCAAUACGACACGUUUUGUAA